AUGCGGCUCCCCGCUGCGGUGCGGCUAAUUUUGGCCGUGUGGCGGCUGCUGCCGCUUCGGGACUGGUCUCUUAACCGCCGCGCCGUUUUGUGGCUCACAGCGCAGGGCGAAAAGGCCAACGAGGAGACGCAGCCCGAGCUCAACAUCCGCGCGAAGCCGGACCUGCUGCUGGCAAUUGCUGCUUCGCUGCUGCCGCGGCCCUCUUCUCGUGCUGCUGCUGUGCUGCCGCUGAAGUCGCUGUCGGUCUUUUUGGGCGACGACGAACUCGAGGGCGCAGCAGAGCAGCUCAUGCCUGCCCUCUCCGGGCCCGGAAUGCAAGAACCCAGAGUGGGGCGCAGCCUGCCUACAGGAGGCGCAGCACGUUUUCCAUUUGAAACUGACGCCGCCUGA